ACACAGAUGCUGAAGAAGCUGGAACAAACCAAGAAGAAAGCAGAAGCUGUGGUGAACACGGUGGACAUCUCAGAACGAGAGAAAGUGGCACAGCUUCGAAGUCUCUACAAGAAGGCUGGGCUUGGCAAGGAGAAACGCCAGGUCACCUAUGUCGUAGCCAAAAAAGGUGUGGGCCGCAAGGUGCGCCGGCCAGCUGGAGUCAGAGGUCAUUUCAAAGUGGUGGACUCAAGGAUGAAGAAGGACCAAAGAGCACAGCAACGGAAGGAGCAGAAGAAGAAAAACAGGCGGAAGUAAGCAGAGCCACCAGGGCCUCUGAGAAGGCAGCGUAUGGAGAAGCGACUGCAGUUUACUCCAGCCUCCGUUACCAGCUGCACCCUGCUUGCAUCAGUCAUCUGAAAAGACAGUGAGGUGUGGGGUACCUAGAACGCUCACAGUGCUGAGAAAUCUGCCUCUUGUGAAAGCACUGCCGAAGUGCCCUGUUGGACUCCACAACCCUUCCAUGAAGAAGACAGGGUACUUUUUUAAAUCAUAAAAGGGAACUCGAGUGUUGAGGUGGCAUUCACUCUAGUCUAUUUCUGGACCUCUGAGGUCUCUCCAUCCUCUUCCAUUGACAUUUAAAUAAAACCAUGAUUAUAGAUGU